AUGGUGGUCUUCAUUAAUGCAAAGAUCAAGUCUUUAAUUAAACUUUUUAAGAAGAAAUCGGUUUCCAACCUAGAUGAGGAGAGCAGAUGGACAGUCCACUACACUGCCCCAUGGCACCAGCAGGAGAAUGUGUUCCUUCCCUCCACGAGACCCCCCUGCGUGGAGGACCUGCACCGCCAAACCAAGCUGAACCUCAAAUCCAUGCUGAGAGAAUGUGAUAAACUGCGACAGGAUGGCUACCGAAGUUCUCAGUACUACUCUCAGGGACCCACCUUUGCUGCCAGCUGCAGCCCACUCUGUGAUGAUUAUCAAGAUGAGGAUGAGGAAGUGGAUCAAAAGUGUUCUGUGUCCUUGUCAGAAGAGGAAAGGCUUAUUUCCACCAGGAGACCUAAAACACCAACCUCCAGUGACUUCUCCGACCUUAAUACUCACACAAACUGGACCAAGUCACUUCCGUUGCCAACACCAGAAGAGAAGAUGCGACAGCAAGCCCAAAUAGUCCAGGCUGAUGUGGUUCCUAUUAACGUCACUGGGGAGAAUUUCGAUCGCCAGGCCAGCCUUCGGCGGUCUCUAAUUUACACAGACACUCUGGUAAGACGACCGAAGAAAGUCAAAAGGAGAAAGACUAUUACAGGAGUCCCUGACAACAUACAGAAGGAGCUAGCAUCCGGCAUUGGCCACGAGGAUGUCGGGGGUCAUUCCAUAUACACCCCAGACCACUACUCUACACUAGGGAGGCUGGACAGCCUUCAGUGUGCGGGGCAGCGCUCCGAAACCAGGGACUCCAGCUGCCAGACUGAGGAAGUGAGAGUUGUCCCACCUUCGAUGAGAAGGAUUAGGGCACAAAAGGGGCAAGGCAUCGCAGCUCAGAUGAGCCACCUCUCAGGAUCCUCUGGGAACAUGUCUGUGCUGAGCGACUCUGCUGGCAUUGUGUUGCCAUCUCGCCUCAACAGUGAUGCUGGUUUCCACAGUCUUCCACGCUCUGGAAUAAGAGCAAAUGUGCAGCCCCUCGAGCCAAGGCUGGGUGCCCUAGGCCCUGCAGAAGAUGCAGACGAAAGUUUCUCCUACCACAGGGACCAUCCUCAAAUAGAUGAGACCUUGGGACUGAUAGGAGGUGCCUCUAGGACUGCGAUGCUUUUGAGGCCCAAGUCCCAGGAGCUGAAGCACUUUGAGGGUGAAAAUGGAAUCAGCCCAGCAUGUGUGGUUUCUCCCCAUGCAACCUAUUCCACCAGCAUCAUCCCAAACGCCACACUUUCUUCCUCUUCAGAACUGAUUGUUAUUCAUACUGCUCAGAGUUCAGGGCCGCUGGACAGUAAAAUUACCAGCUCAUCCUCAUAUGCAAAGGUAAGACCCAGAGACCACCGCCUCUCUAGGCAUGUUGUAAAAGAAGGUCAUCAGUCUUCCAGUGGCCAUUGGGACAAGAAUCACUCCACCAUCCUUUCACAGGCUGCCUUAGAUACCAGUUCCCCUGAUGUUGCCACACGAUUGUCCCUCUGUGACUCAACAGUCUCUCUAAACACUGCAGCAGAUAGGGAGAAUGGGCCCCACGCUGGGGCAUAUAACUGUAGAAACAACCUGAGCUUCCCAAGCCAUCCCCAGGUUGUGGACAGCAAGAGUGAGUCUAGUUAUUCCGGAGGCCGAGUGCACGGUAAUAUGGAGCCCUGGGAAUAUCAAGCCUCUGGUAAUGGCAGGGCAUCCCCACAGAAGGCACAGUUUGCAACACCUGGUUACUGUACUCCUGUCAGUAAUCUGAGCAGCUGCAGCUUAGACCAGGUAUCAAACAAAGAGGAUGGCCACUCCCUGUGCUCAGUGGACCACAACGGCUACUACACACCUGUGCACACAGGCUCUGGACACAGAACAGGGAAUCCGUGCAAUAGCAGUGAUGGUUUUGGGAACCCCAGACAUAGCGUGAUCAAUGUUUUUGAUGGAAGAGCUCAGAAGAACCAAGGAGACCAGCCAAAUUACCAGGAUAAAUCCCUUUCCCGAAGCAUUUCUUUGAAGAAAGCAAAGAAGCCUCCACUGCCACCCUCUCGGACUGACUCUCUCCGCCGGAUUCCCAAGAAGGGCACCCAGUCUAAUGGACAGGUGCUGAACGAGAGCUUGAUUGCCACGCUCCAGCACUCGCUACAGCUAAACCUCCAGUGCAAGGACGGCAGCUCGCCCUCCCAGAGCCCCUGCAGUGACUUUGAAGAGCCCUGGCUGCCCCGUUCCCGCAGCCAGAGCACAGUCAGUGCCAGCAGUAGCAUGACUUCUGCCACUACGCCCAAUGUGUACUCCCUGUGUGGGGUCACGCCGUCACAGAGCGACACGAGCAGCCUGAAGUCAGAGUACACGGACCCUUGGGGUUACUACAUUGACUACACGGGCGUGCAGGAAGACCCAGGAAACCCGGGAGGGGUGUGUUCCACCAGCAGUGGAGCAGCAGCUGGAAACGGGCUGGUCCGCCAUGUCCAAGAUGGGUCCAGGGCCACGGUGCCUCAGGUGCCCAGUACUUCAGUCAAACCAAAGAUCACAUCCCCAGAGAAGCCCCACAGGGUCACUUCUCCAUCCAGUGGCUACUCCAGCCAGUCAAAUACACCCACAGCCCUCACACCUGUGCCUGUGUUUUUGAAGUCAAUGUCACCAGCAAACGGGAAGGGGAAGGCCAAGCCCAAGGUACCAGAAAGGAAGUCCUCUCUGAUCUCCUCAGUAUCCAUUUCCUCAUCUUCAACUUCUCUUUCUUCUAAUACUUCUACUGAAGGAAGUGGAACUGUGAGGAAACUGGAUUCAUCAGCUGCUCCUCCUCUGGCUCCUCCUCCUCCUCUCCCGUCCCAAUAUCCCGCUGACAAGUCUCCUUUUUUGCCUCCUCCUCCUCCUCUAGCAGAUUCCUCAGGGGGCUCUCCUCUGCCUCAGUCUCCCGUCUUCCCCCCUCCACCGCUAGAAGCUCUAGCUCCAUUCUGUUCCCCCGCUGAGGUCUGCUUUCCUCCUUCCCCCACAUCACUUAGCCCCAUUCUUCCCGUUCCAUCCACCUGCUUUCCACCUCCUCCACCUUUCUUCCCUUCCUCAGUUCCACCACCUGCCCCACCUCUUGACCCCAAGUUGGUGAAAGACACCAGGCCUUCUUUCAAACCACCUAGCCAGCCAGACCCCUCCUGUGAUGCCUUUAAGCAGCCUUACAACAGGGAGGACAACACUAGACCACCUAUGCCCCUAAUAACCACUGAAGCGUUACAGAUGGUACAGUUGAGGCCCGUGAAAAAGAACUCAGGAAGUGAGGGAGCACUGGUAUCUGAAAAAGUAUCUCAGGAAAAAUCAACUCCGGUUGUUCCACACUAUCAUUUAGAGCCAUCUGCUCUCCUGAAAUCCCGAAAUAGCAUAAAUGAAAUGGAAAGUCAAAGCCAGAAUGCAUCCACAAAAGGCUCUCUUCUAGCUCCUGCCAAGAGUGCGAGUCAGGGUCACCAUGACAGUGCAGCGGAGCGUGUCGGCCUUCAGAGCCGCAGAGAUGGAGCACAGCCGGCCCCGGCCUCUGGAGCCUCCUUGCCAGGGACCGAUGCUGAGGCGCAGCCCAGCUCGCCAACGGACCCACAUGGCUCCUCACCCAGCAGGAAGCCGCCUCCUAUUUCAAAGAAGCCCAAACUGUUCCUUGUGGUGCCGCCACCUCCUCAGAGAGAUCUCACCGAGGAGCACACAGAGAACGUGAGGGAAGCCUUCAGAGACGCGCCCAGCCCCGCAAGGGGAGAGCUGGACUCUGUGCACAGGGAGGAGGCAAAAGAGAGUUCUGCAGCCAGAACCGGUUCUGAUGAGCUGGACUCUGGCAGCUCGGUUCUGGAGGGAGGAGCUGCAGGAUCCACGUCCCUUGGCAGAGGGGAAGCCAGUGCCUCCAUGGUACAGCCCGAUGCCUCAUCAGCCCCCAAGCAGGAAGAGCCGGGCACCUCGGAUGAAGGCAGCGGGACCGACAGCAGUUUGUGUACGUGUUUGCCUCUCUCUGUAGCCAGGGUGCUGGACGCAGACACAGCAGGCUCUUCCGUGGAGGCCUGGGACUUCCUCAAGGAAGAAGGGAGUGAUGAAGUGAUGACCCCCAGCAGACCCAGGACCACUGAAGACCUCUUUGCAGCUAUUCACAGAUCCAAAAGGAGAGUCCUUGGCCGUAAAGAUUCAGACGACGAUCACUCCCGAAACCAUUCUCCCUCACCCCCCGUGACCCCCACCGGUGCUGCCCCAAGCCUGACCUCCCCCAAGCAAGUGGGAUCCAUUCAGAGAAGUGUCCGGAAGAGCAGUACGAGCAGUGACAACUUCAAGGCUCUGCUGCUGAGAAAGGGGAGUCGAUCGGACACAAGUGCUCGCAUGUCAGCGGCCGAGAUGCUCAAGAACACAGACCCUAGAUUCCACAGAUCGAAGUCAGAGUCGUCUGCAGACACUCCUGAGAGCCCAUCAAGCUGCUCCCCGAGCAAGAACAGAAGGGCCCAAGAGGAGUGGGCCAAGAACGAAGGCCUGAUGCCUCGGAGUCUGUCCUUCUCUGGCCCCAGGUACGGGCGCAGUCGCACACCACCCUCUGCUGCCAGCAGCAGGUACAGCAUACGGAACCGAAUCCAGAGCAGCCCCAUGACCGUCAUCUCUGAGGGUGAAGGGGAGGCCAUGGAGCCUGUGGACAGCAGAGCUCGCCGGGCUCUGGUCGCUGCGAGGGGAGGUUCACUGGUUGGAGUGGUCAGGAGUGACAUGGAGGAGGGCAGCCUGCUUCAAGGCGAGGAGCCUGCCACCUCCCUGCAGGCCAAGCUUCCCACUGGCCCCCUAGAUGGGACAGCCAGCACAGAGGGCCGGGAUCCAUCGGGACACUGUGGAGAUCCUCCCCGGGAAGAGAGUUAG